AUUUCGAGCUUCAGAACCAUAAACAGAAGCCAAAACCAAGUUGCUUUGUAUCCACCUCAAACCACAAAUCAACUUGGAACCCAAAUCAACCUCUCUCACCGAUACUUUAUACUUUUUAUUUUAUCUUUUUUUUUAUCGUUUACCGUUCUAUGUUUCUACUAAACAUCCUUCCUUGACGUUUGACGUUUGGCCUGGUGUCAACAAACAAAUAAACAAUUCAUCCAUCUAUCCAUCUCUGGUCAUUCUCCAUUUGCCAUUUGCCAUUCCGAAACUAUUUGGACUAAUUGCUUUUUUUAAUACCUGCACACUUAUUCUCUCCCCCCUCACUAAGGAAUACCGAGAACCCGUAGCCGUAGUCCGCAAUCCGCAGUCCGUCGCCCACCAUGGAUGAGAUUGCUAAAGAGUACGAUGUCAUCGUUUUGGGCACCGGUCUGACCGAGUGUAUUCUUUCUGGUGUCUUGAGUGUCAAAGGUAGAAAGGUGCUACAUAUCGAUCGCAAUGAUCACUAUGGAGGAGAGGCCGCAUCGGUGAACCUCGAAACGCUAUUCAAGAAGUAUGGCAACUUCGCAGCAGGCGAGGAACCAUGGAAGAAGUACGGCCGAGCCAACGAUUGGAAUAUCGACCUCGUUCCUAAGCUUCUCAUGUCCUCUGGAGAGCUGACCAACAUCCUUGUCUCCACCGACGUCACCCGUUACCUCGAGUUCAAGCAGGUCGCCGGUAGCUUUGUCCAGCAAGGUGCCGGUACCAAAGCCGCCGUCGCCAAGGUUCCCUCUGAUGCCGCCGAAGCUCUACGAUCUCCUUUGAUGGGUAUCUUCGAAAAGCGACGGAUGAAGACCUUCAUAGAGUGGGUUGGUACCUUCGACUCUAGCGACCCGGCUACACACAAGGGUCUUGACUUGAGCACAUGCACGAUGAAGGAUGUUUAUGACAAGUUCGGUCUUGAGGUCGGCACCCGGGACUUUGUUGGUCACGCCAUGGCCCUUUACUUGAACGAUAACUACCUCGAUGAGGCUGGCAAGGCACCCGAGACCAUCGAGCGUAUUAGGAUGUACGGUAACUCGGUGGCAAGGUACGGCAAGUCGCCUUACAUCUACCCUCUAUACGGACUCGGCGAGCUGCCCCAAGGUUUCGCACGUCUGUCUGCCAUCUACGGUGGUACAUACAUGCUUAACACUUCCGUCGACGAGAUCCUGUAUGAGGGUAGCAAGGCAACCGGUAUCAAGGCUACCAUGACCGGCAUCGAGCCCGAGAUGAAGUUCGAGACCAAGGCCAAGCUGAUCCUCGGUGACCCUUCAUACUUCCCCCAGAAGGUUAAGGUUGUCGGUCACGUCCUGAAGGCAAUCUGCGUCCUGAAGCACCCCUUAGCCGGCACUUCCGAGUGUGACUCCUGCCAGCUGAUCAUCCCCCAGUCCCAAGUCGGUCGCAAGAACGAUAUCUACAUCGCCUGCGUCUCGUCGGCACACAACGUCUGCCCCAAGGGCUACUACAUCGCCAUCGUAUCCACGAUCGCUGAGACAUCUGCCAACCACCAUCUAGAGCUACAACCUGGUCUAGAACGCCUCGGCCAGAUUGAGGAACAAUUUAUGGGCCCACCCAUCCCUCUCUACGAGCCUCUCGAGGACGGAAAGAAGGACAACAUCUUCAUCUCCAAGAGCUACGACGCGACGUCGCACUUCGAGACGACCACCGACGACGUCAAGGACAUCUACGCGCGCGCCGCCGGCGAGGAGUUGAAGGUCGAGGGUCUCCGGGAGGGCCUCCAGGUCACCGAGGAGUAAAGAGUAGAUGUCGUGGCGGUUUUUUACCUUAGGUCAGGCGAUGCGGGUUAGGGGGUUGGUAGUACAGUCAGUGUAUCCAGAGUCAGUCAGAGUCAGAGUCAGUUUCAAGUAGCAGUGAUCCAAACCGAGCAGAACAGAACAAGAACAGACUAAGUUAGUUGUCGUCGGAGAGAUUCUUACAUACAUACACACACACAUGCAUGGGCAUCGCAGAGGGCUGCCGCGUAUUAUCAUAUCGGAUGAGAUGAGUUGAGAACAGAUGUUGAUAAAAGUGAUUAGGUAGUUGAGUAAUUGUAGCUUGCUUUUUUUAAUCACCUUGGAACUUAAUUGUAUGUAAUACUUUUUUGAGGGAAGGAAGAGGAAGUAUGGGAAGGGGAAGGGGAAGGGAUGGUAAGGGUGACUGUCUACGAGCCUGCUUUUGUUAUGUUGAUUACUUCACUGUCUCUAGUAUAUAGAUACCUAUGCCCC